GUAUACUUCUGAAAAAGCGAUGAAACGCGCAGGCAUUAGCCGCCCGGUCGAGAUUGGUCUUCGUUUUAUUGGCAUGUGGCCGGAAUCGGCUUAUCCAAAUCUCUACUUGUUUAUGUACAUGACAAUGAUAGCAGUUAUGCAAUAUUAUCAAUAUUUGUAUGUUGUUGCGCGUUUUGAUAUGACUAAUCUCACGGUUCUAACGGAUUGUCUGGGUCUCGCUCUGGCGAACACUCUUGUUUUUUUUAAGUUGUCUUGUUUGGCGUGGAAUCGGAGAAUAUUUCAUAAUAUCCUGGCAGCAAUGGAUAGAGACUGGAAUGAAUGCAUUAUCAACGAUUCUUCCAUUAUGAUGGCGGUCGCCAAUCAGUCGUGUCGUAAUUCUAUCGUGAUCAUCGGCAUCCCUAUAAUAGCUGGGUUUUUCGUAUCAAUCGGUAUUUACAUAUAUCGCAUGAUGAGCAGCGAAAUUUCCCGAGACUUACCAGUAAAAAUGCAAUUUUCUUUUGACGCCCUGGAAUCACCGGUUUUCGAGUGCAUUCUUGCCUUACAAAUGUUUUAUGUAAUGUCGUUAGCUUCUGUAGCUGGUAUAAUCAAUGCGUUGCUAGCAUCACUGGUCAUUCACAUGGGUGGCCAGGUCGAUAUCUUGCGGCGAGUUAUAACGGAAAUACACAGUAGUAAUAACGAACUCGGUACAUCUAUAAACUUACUCAGUGAUCUCAUUAAAAAACACCAAAAGAUUAUUAGUUUAUCGGACGAUAUCGAGAAUCUAUUUUCGUUCAUUGCGCUACUACAACUCUUGUGGAAUACUUUAAUCAUCUGCUGCAGUGGUUUCAUGAUCAUAUUUGCUCUCAGUACCCAUAAAGGCGUAAUGGUUUUAGCAAAGUCGAUAUUUUUUUACAUUGCAAAAACAUUAGAGGUUUUCGUAUUUUGCUACGCAGGGGAAUUCUUAAGCUUUAAGAGUAAAUCGAUUAGCGACGCGGUAUAUGAGUCACAUUGGUACAACCUGAUGCCGUCCGACACUCGAGUUUUACUGUUCGUAAUGUUGAGAUCGCAAAAGCGACUGACAAUCACCGCGGGGAAAAUUUUUGAUCUCACUUUGGAAGGAUUUAUGAGUGUCAUGAAAGCUUCUGCUUCGUACAUGUCUGUAUUGCAUGCUAUGUAUUGAAUUGGGAGAAGUAUCAUUCGUCCGUAGCUUUAAUAAACGCUCCACGCCGGUGAUAGAUUGCCCAUUGCAAAUUUUUUCAACAAAUACUUGUUACGGACGCGACGAAAAUAGAUUGUAUAAACAUAUAUAUUUUAAUACGUUUAACAUAAACGUUAGAAUCUUAUUCAUAAAGAAAUGUAAUAAAUAUAUCUCUUUAUUACGUCCCUGUGUUUGGUGCGUAUACGUUUCAUUUUUUUUAUUUGUGAUAUCUUCUUUUCUUUUGUUGAGGUAAAUACUCUCUUAUUUGAUGGCAAUGCAAGUACAUUGUAUGAAUAAUUCAUCUUACAGCUUGAAAGAUAUUCAUCACUUUUCAAGAUCUUUUUGUCAAGAACUUUUUCUUUUUAACGUUUUUUGUAGAGAGAGUAUUAACAACGGCGACCGUCUGUGCUUUUGCAUUAAAAAAAAAAGAUUAUUCAAGUGAAGGUACACGUGUGUCUCUUUUUUUGCGCGCCGAAGCCCACAAUCGUUGAUUUAUCGCAGCAAUUUAGUUUACGUCGUCGCGCAAUUUUUUUGUAAAAUGCGUAAUUGCAAUUGAUCGUUACUCGAACAAACGUAGCGCAUUUACUCUGUAAAAUUGCUCUACCUUCUCUGUGACGUCGUGGAGGGGAGUACACUAUGGAGCUAGAUCGAAAGACUCGAUUGUUUUCUUUGCGACACCGCGUCUUCUACAGUCGUUAUUCACCUCGUUGAAAGGGGAUGGCGUGUACGGUGUAGUCUCUUGGAGUGAGAUGGUUCAAUGUGACGUUGCACUCUACGAUGUUGAGAAGUACUGUAAGCCCGUUGUUGAGGAUCGGUUUCAGUUUGAUCGGCCUGGCGUGUCAUACCGGACGUUUUACUGGCUCUUUUCAUGAUGACUAUUGUCGUAAUGCAGUACUUUUAAUACUCCAUUGUCUACGCGUACCUCAAGGAAAUCUGACCAAGCUGAUGGAUGACCUGUAGGUCUAUUCUGUAACUCUUAACGACAGUAUCGAUAUCGUUACAUUGUCGUUGCGCACAUAUUAUAUAUGACAAAAAAGAUGCGCAACGACAAUAUAACGAUACCGAACUGUCGUUAAGAGUUACAGAAUAGGCCUACUAGGCCUCACUUUGGAUUACACCCUGACGAUAUUCAAAUUAAUCAGCCUUUGGUUUAACCGUCGGUCAGUCUUCCGAUUACUUGGUAGAUGAUCUGUUGAUCUUGAUGCCUCUCUGAGCAAUCUAAGAGACACAAAUCGAUAAUUGGUUAUAGGAUAUUUGCAGAUAUUUUGAUCACUAUGGUCGAUUGGAAGAAAUGCGGGAGCAAAUUGCGCGAAUGCGUGAUGAUAUGGACAAAGCUAAUUUGGCGCAUCGUUGUUCCAACGCCAUGAUAUCCACUAAUGCUGUAAUUACUUUUUUAUAUAUCAUCGACAGAUACACACGUGGACGUGCGUUUUCUAAAAAUGGGCAAUUACGCGAGUUUCAAAUACAGAUACAAUUUCCGUUCGAGGUUCAAGAAACACUCAUUUACGAGUUUGUCUUCGUGGGAUUGUUUUUUCAUGUGUUAGAAACGACGAUCAUAAUAGCGAUGCCAAACGCUUUGAUCUGAACGUUGAGCAAAGUUAUUGGUGAUGCAACGUAUGAGGCGAUUUGGUACGAUUCAUCUACUAGCGGGUAUCGAAUUUUACUAUUCGUGACCGUCAGAUUUCAAAAACGAUUGACAAUUACUGCCGAGAAAGUUAUGGACAUGAUAUUGGAAGGUUUCACUACCGUAAGUUCUUUACUUGAAAUUUUAUACUGUUUUUUUUUAAAUAUAUUACAAUUGUUAAAUAAAAAUAAGCGUAAAUGUUGUACAGUAUGAUAUGAUUAAUGUAUGAAUAAUAUAUGAAUUUAUAAAUAAUAUGUGUUAAAAGAAUAAUUCAUACACAUAUAUCGUAUUGAAAGAUCACCUUUGGACUUAAAAUAAUGGUUCGUGUCGUUUUUUCUGUAUGAUAUUCUUUUAGGUCAUGAAAGCUUCAGCUUCAUAUAUUUCGGUUUUACACGCAAUGUAUUAAAACUUGAAUCAAUUUAUGCUGGUUAUAUUUAUUGUCAUAUUAUCGCGAAUAAAAUAAUAAUGUAUAUUUGUAGAAAGAUUAACAGGAAUAGAU